ACCCACGCACACAGUCUCAUGAUUUCACUCGCUCUUCACUUUCAAUUGGAGGCUCGUUUUGUAUACGUGAACGGGAGAGCCGUGCGAUCUAUGGAAGUGUCCGAUUUUUGCAGGCACUCACAAAUACCACUACGCGGCGAGUCGCUCUCUUCCUCUCUCACUACUCACUUAUACUCUUUGGAAAGUGAUCAGCUGUUGGAUCAGCUGUUUGGAUUGCAUGGACAACUUUUGAAAUUAGCCACCAAUUCUGGCUUAUUUGAAAAUAAUUAUGAAAUAUACACUAGGUGUACUGUACUUUUCAGGCAACUUUUAGAAUUUCAUCACAAAGUCCAGAGUUUCACGAGGUUGGUACAUGGCAACAUUCAAAAAUAGAGGCGUUCGCAACAGGGAGGCCUUGCCCACAUGCAUAGCUGUACAUUAUAUCGGUGUAUAUAAGUAUGUACAUACAUAUCAGCGAAAACAACACUGUCGCUAUCUCGCUCCCUGAUCGUCUCAAAGCAAGUGGGUAUAAAAGCCAGCGAUCUCUCUCACUCGGAAUUCAGUUGGCAAUUAUCAGGCAAACUAACAAAAACAAGCAAACAACAAGAUCCAUAGACAGUUUUCUAACCUAUUCAAAAUGAGUUCCAAUUCUCUGUUCGAAACCGACGAAGAUGUCGCUCAGGCCAACAAGUUAUCCCGGAAAGUGAGGGAAUCCCCCUUCAUGCUGGUUGGUAUUGCCGGAUUCGUGGCCGCAGGUUUGGUUGGAGCCUACAAAUAUCGGAACCGAGGCACCAUGAGCACCAGCGUCUUUCUGAUGCAGUUGCGUGUGGCUGCCCAGGGAACCGUCGUCGGAUGUUUGACAGCCGGAUUGGCGUACACAAUGGCCAAGGAGUACCUGUUCCACGAGGAACCGAAAAGCAAUACCAGGGCAGGCGAAUAAAUAAAGUAUAGUAGGAUUAUUAGCCAAAGACCAAACAUACAUACCUAAAAUGGUGACCGUUAAUUAAACUCAUCAAAUUGCCUACCUCCCCACCGUCAUCGAAU